AUGCUAGAGCAACAUCAGUUAUCAACACUAUAUGCUAGUGAAGGCAUUACUGUUGUGAAAAAUGAACAAAAUGUUGAAAGGUUAAGUGACGCAUGGAGGCUUUGUGAAGAUUCUGAUCAUGUUGGUUGUAAAUUACAUCACGGUAUUCGUGUCUUUGGCCAUAGUAUUAUUCCUAAUAUGUUGAAGCGUCGCGGGAGGGUUGUUGGGUCACACACUGAGGGACCAAAUAUUUACACAAUCCCUGUAAUAGAGUCAAACCUUGGUGAGGAUUUCGGUGAAUUUCUAGAUAGUGGCAAGGGCGCUGAUGUAACUUUUGAAGUAGAUGAGAAAAUCUUUUGGGCUCAUAAGUUGGUGUUUUCUACUUGUUCACCUAUAUUCAAGGCAAUGUUGCAUUUCAUAUAUCGAGAUGUUUUGUCGGACAUGCAUGAACUGAUUGGCUCAAACUCCCCAAUGACUUCUACAUCAAUGCCUUAUCACUUACUUGUUGCAGCAGAUCAAUAUGGCUUGGAUAAGGUUCUUUCUAGUCUUCUGCAAUAUGAGUUAGCUCUCAUAGUGUUCGAGGAAGAUGACAGGUUUUUCAAUGUUCUAUCACAAGGGAGCACCAGUGACCAUAUCAUGUAUGAUCUUAAGGAUUCAUUUCUGGAUGAAGGGUUCAUUUUAGAACCAGUUAAUGAUUUUUUUAGAUGCUUCAUUUAG